AAUCUUACACUUACUCAAACGCGCUACUUAAACUUACGCACUUAACUUUAUAAUUACGUAAAACUACUCAAAUUUCAAGUACAUUAUCCGCUGUGUAAAAACUGCACCUUCUUUAACCAAAUAUAUAAAAAGCCUGUAAAUAAAUUCUAACAGAUAGAACUCUCACGACUGUUGUAAGUAACUUCUUCGCUAGUGAAUAAAAUAAUCACAAAAUUUAAUAGCGUUCUAGUACAUUGAACUCACGUUCGGAGCUCAUACGAAAGAUUUAUAUGUAACGCUAAAUUGGUGACCCCGAAAAGAAAAAACGUUAAAAAACGUUGCGAAGCAGAAAAUUGAGUCUUUCUGAAAUUCUCACGGAAGAAAACCAAAUUACAGGGUGAAAAUGGUAAAGACAAAUUUAGUAUUUUCGACUGUUACAUUGAUCACAUUUCUUGGUCUUGCCAAAGGAACAAUAACAUCUCCACCUGAUGGUAAAAGAUUUGUAUUUUUACCUGGAACUUCUCACAGGAUAAUUUGCAGAUACAAUAACAUUAGUGCGUGGCGUUGGAGUUUUACACCUCGUGGCUCAUCUUCUCCUCAACAAAUUGCAAGAUUAUUUGCUAAUAGCUACAUACCUGAUUAUUUGUCACGACCUUUUGCAUUUGAAGUUUUUAAACCUGGAACUUUGAGGCUGAAGAAUGUAAAUCAAAGUUACAAUGGUGAAUUGACAUUUAGAAUUAUAACUACUCCUCCUACUCCUCCAUCAAAAGCAAAUGUUUAUAUUGCUGUUAAACCAACAGUGUCGAUUAACUGUUCAUCUCCUCUGUUUGUGAAUGAAAGUGAUAAUGCGUCAUGUGUAUGUAGAGGUGAAGGAGGUAACCCUCCUGCUAAUGUCACAUGGUUUGAUAAAGAUAACACAACAGUUCGUGGAUUUGGAGUUGAAAAUGCGACUUUAGUAAUCACUGGUGCCUCACCCAAUGAUCGUGGAAGUUACAAAUGUAAAGCUGAAAGUUUUGAUGAUCCACGUUUCAUUGACGAGAAAUCCAUUGAAAUAAAAGUGAAUUAUCAACCAAGAAGUACGAACAUAACCCUAUCAAAAAAAAAUCCACAAGUUGGUGAAAGUGUGAAUAUAACCUGCGAAUCAGAUGGUUUUCCUCCGCCAACCUUCAUUAUUUCUUAUAAUGGUGCUGUUCUCAGCAAUAAUAAGACAUACAUCAUUCAAUCUCUCAACUUCAAUCACGCUGGUUCAUAUCGUUGUGAAGCAAAGAAUAAACUGGGAAAUGAUUUAUCUGAUGUUAAAAAUCUUACUAUCAUCAGAGGAAAAAUUCUAUCACCUCCCCCUGGCACAAGUUUUACAUUUUUACCUGGAAAAACACGCAAUAUAACCUGGACAUUUGAUGAUGAUUUAAAUGAUGUGGCCAGUAGAGAUUGGUUUUUUACGGGUAGUAGUAAUGGUUCACAAUCAACACUGUUGGCCACUGCCUUUCUGGAUUUGCCAUUGAUAAAACAUAAUGCACCAAUUCUUCCAAAUUAUGACGUCUACAAACCUUCAACGCUGCGAUUAAGAAAUAUCACUCAUAGUUAUGAUGGAACAUAUGAGUUUCGAUUAACAAGAAAGGACAGUCUGUUAUCUCCUUUUAUAUCUAAAGUCAGAGUUUUCGUUGCAAUUAAACCAAACGCGACAAUUAAUUGUUCAACUCCUCUGGUUGUGAGUAAAGGUGAUAAUGUGUCAUGUGUAUGUAGAGGUGAAGGAGGUAACCCUCCUGCUAAUGUCACAUGGUUUGAUAAAGAUAACACAACAGUUCGUGAGUUUGGAGUUGAAAGUGCGACUUUAGUAAUCACUAAUGCCUCACCAAAUGAUCGUGGAAGUUACAGAUGUAAAGCAGAAAGUUUUGAUGAUCCACGUUUCAUUGACGAAAAAUCCAUUGAAAUACAAGUAAAAUUUAAACCAAUAGUGUCGAUUGACUGUUCAUCUCCUCUGUUUGUGAAUGAAAGUGAUAAUGUGUCAUGUGUAUGUAGAGGUGAAGGAGGUAUCCCUCCUGCUAAUAUCACAUGGUUUGAUAAAGAUAAUAACAUAAUUGGUGAUGUUGGAGUUGUAAGUAAGACAUUAGUAAUCCCUGGUGCCUCACCAAAUGAUCGUGGAAGUUACAGAUGUAAAGCUGAAAGUUUUAAUAAUCCACGUUUUAUUAAUGAAAAAUCCAUUGAAAUAAAAGUAAAUUAUCAACCAAGAACUACGACCAUAACCCUAUCAAAAAUAAAUGCAAAAAUUGGUGAAAGUAUGAAUAUAACCUGUGAAUCAGAUGGUUUUCCUUUGCCUACUUUCAUUAUUUAUCAUAAUGGUGCAGUUAUCAGUAAUAAUAAGAAAUACAUCAUUCAAUCUGUCAACUUCAAUAACGCUGGUUCAUAUCGUUGUGAAGCAAAAAAUAAACUGGGAAAUAAUUUAUCUGAUGUUAAAAAUCUUACUAUCAUCAAAGUGAAACCUACAGUGGUAAUUAAUUGUUCAACUCCUCUGGUUGUGGAUGAAGGUGAUAAUGUAUCAUGUGUAUGUAGAGGUGAAGGAGGUAACCCUCCUGCUAAUGUCACAUGGUUUGAUAAAGAUAACAACAUAAUUGGUGAUGUUGGAGUUGUAAGUAAGACAUUAGUAAUCACUAAUGUUACAGUGAAUGAUGGUGGAAUUUACAGAUGUAAAGCACAGAGUCAUAAUGAUCAACAUUAUAGAGAUGAAAAAUCCAUUGAAAUAACAGUGACACCUACAUAUCGACCACAUGAAACCAAUAUUACCAUCAGUCCAAUGACAGUAAAAAAAGGUCAAACUGUGACAAUAACCUGUGAAUCAGAUGGUUAUCCUGAACCAACCUACACUAUUUAUCAUAAUGGUGCAGUUAUCAGUAAUAAUAAGACAUACAUCAUUCAAUCUGUCAACUUCAAUAACGCUGGUUCAUAUCGUUGUGAAGCAAAAAAUAAACUGAGAAAUGAUUUAUCCGAUGUUAAAAAUCUUACUAUCAUCAGAGUGAAACCUACAGUGGUAAUUAAUUGUUCAACUCCUCUGGUUGUAAAUGAAGGUGAUAAUGUAUCAUGUGUAUGUAGAGGUGAAGGAGGUAUCCCUCCUGCUAAUGUCACAUGGUUUGAUAAAGAUAACAACAUAAUUGGUGAUGUUGGAGUUGUAAGUAAGACAUUAGUAAUCACUAAUGUUACAUUGAAUGAUGGUGGAAAUUACACAUGUAAAGCACAAAGUUAUAAUGAUCAACGUUAUAGAGAUGAAAAAUCUAUUGAAGUGACAGUGACACCUACAUAUCCACCACAACAAACCAACAUCACUAUCAGUCCAAUGUCAUUGAAAAAAGGUCAAACUGUGACAAUAACCUGUGAAUCAGAUGGUUAUCCUGAACCAACCUACACUAUUUAUCACAAUGGUGCAGUUAUCAGUAAUAAUAAGACAUACAUCAUUCAAUCUGUCAACUUCAAUAACGCUGGUUCAUAUCGUUGUGAAGCAAAGAAUAUACUGGGAAAUGAUUUAUCUUAUGUUAAAAAUCUUACUAUCAUCACAGUGAAACCAAAUGUGGUAAUUAAUUGUUCAAAUCCUUUGGUUGUGAAUGAAGGUGAUAAUGUGUCAUGUGUAUGUAGAGGUGAAGGAGGUAACCCUCCUGCUAAUGUCACAUGGUUUGAUAAAGAUAACAACAUAAUUGGUGAUGUUGGAGUUGUAAGUAAUACAUUAGUAAUCACUAAUGUUGCAGUGAAUGAUGGUGGAAGAAUUUACAAAUGUGAAGCACAAAGUUAUGAUGAUACAGAUUAUAGAGAUGAAAAAUCCAUUGAAAUACAAGUAAAAUCUAAACCAACUGUGUUGAUUAAUUGUUCAAAUCCUCUGGUUGUGAAUGAAGGUGAUAAUGUGUCAUGUGUAUGUAGAGGUGAAGGAGGUAACCCUCCUGCUAAUGUCACAUGGUUUGAUAAAGAUAACAACAUAAUUGAUGAUGUUGGAGUUGUAAGUAAGACAUUAGUAAUCACUAAUGUUACAGUGAAUGAUGGUGGAAAUUACAGAUGUAAAGCACAAAGUUAUAAUGAUCCACGUUUUAGAGAUGAAAAAUCAAUUGAAGUAACAGUGAAAGCUACUUAUCCACCACAACAAACCAAUAUUACCAUCAGUCCAAUGUCAGUAAAAAAAGGUCAAAAUGUGACAAUAACCUGUGAAUCAGAUGGUUAUCCUGAACCAACCUACACUAUUUAUCAUAAUGGUGCAGUUAUCAGCAAUAAUAAGACAUACAUUAUUCAAUCUGUCAACUUCAAUAACGCUGGUUCAUAUCGUUGUGAAGCAAAGAAUAGACUGGGAAAUGAUUCAUCUCAAGUUAAAAAUCUUACUAUCAUCAGAGUGAAACCUACAGUGGUAAUUAAUUGUUCAACUCCUCUGGUUGUGGAUGAAGGUGAUAAUGUGUCAUGUGUAUGUAGAGGUGAAGGAGGUAUCCCUCCUGCUAAUGUCACAUGGUUUGAUAAACAUAACAACAUAAUAAAUGAUGGUGGAAAUUACACAUGUAAAGCACAGAGUUAUAAUGAUCCACGUUUUAGAGAUGAAAAAUCUAUUGAAGUAACAGUGAAAGCUGCUUAUCCACCACAACAAACCAAUAUUACCAUCAGUCCAAUGUCAGUAAAAAAAGGUCAAAAUGUGACAAUAACCUGUGAAUCAGAUGGUUAUCCUGAACCAACCUACACUAUUUAUCAUAAUGGUGCAGUUAUCAGCAAUAAUAAGACAUACAUUAUUCAAUCUGUCAACUUCAAUAACGCUGGUUCAUAUCGUUGUGAAGCAAAGAAUAGACUGGGAAAUGAUUCAUCUCAAGUUAAAAAUCUUACUAUCAUCAGAGAUCCACCACAACAAACCAAUAUUACCAUCAGUCCAAUGUCAGUAAAAAAAGGUCAAAAUGUGACAAUAACCUGUGAAUCAGAUGGUUAUCCUGAACCAACCUACACUAUUUAUCAUAAUGUGAAACCUACAGUGGUAAUUAAUUGUUCAACUCCUCUGGUUGUGGAUGAAGGUGAUAAUGUGUCAUGUGUAUGUAGAGUAAAUGAUGGUGGAAAUUACACAUGUAAAGCACAGAGUUAUAAUGAUCCACGUUUUAGAGAUGAAAAAUCUAUUGAAGUAACAGUGAAAGCUACUUAUCCACCACAACAAACCAAUAUCACCAUCAGUCCAAUGUCAGUAAAAAAAGGUCAAAAUGUGACAAUAACCUGUGAAUCAGAUGGUUAUCCUGAACCAACCUACACUAUUUAUCAUAAUGGUGCAGUUAUCAGUAAUAAUAAGACAUACAUCAUUCAAUCUGUCAACUUCAAUAACGCUGGUUCAUAUCGUUGUGAAGCAAAGAAUAAACUGGGAAAUGAUUUAUCUGAUGUUAAAAAUCUUACUAUCAUCAGAGUGAAACCUACAGUGGUAAUUAAUUGUUCAACUCCUCUGGUUGUGGAUGAAGGUGAUAAUGUGUCAUGUGUAUGUAGAGGUGAAGGAGAUCCACCACAACAAACCAAUAUCACCAUCAGUCCAAUGUCAGUAAAAAAAGGUCAAAAUGUGACAAUAACCUGUGAAUCAGAUGGUUAUCCUGAACCAACCUACACUAUUUAUCAUAAUGGUGCAGUUAUCAGUAAUAAUAAGACAUACAUCAUUCAAUCUGUCAACUUCAAUAACGCUGGUUCAUAUCGUUGUGAAGCAAAGAAUAAACUGGGAAAUGAUUUAUCUGAUGUUAAAAAUCUUACUAUCAUCAGAGUGAAACCUACAGUGGUAAUUAAUUGUUCAACACCUCUGGUUGUCAAUGAAGGUGAUAAUGUAUCAUGUGUAUGUAAAGGUGAAGGAGAUCCACCACAACAAACCAAUAUUACCAUCAGUCCAAUGUCAGUAAAAAAAGGUCAAAAUGUGACAAUAACCUGUGAAUCAGAUGGUUAUCCUGAACCAACCUACACUAUUUAUCAUAAUGGUGCAGUUAUCAGCAAUAAUAAGACAUACAUUAUUCAAUCUGUCAACUUCAAUAACGCUGGUUCAUAUCGUUGUGAAGCAAAGAAUAGACUGGGAAAUGAUUCAUCUCAAGUUAAAAAUCUUACUAUCAUCAGAGUGAAACCUACAGUGGUAAUUAAUUGUUCAACUCCUCUGGUUGUGGAUGAAGGUGAUAAUGUGUCAUGUGUAUGUAGAGAUCCACCACAACAAACCAAUAUUACCAUCAGUCCAAUGUCAGUAAAAAAAGGUCAAAAUGUGACAAUAACCUGUGAAUCAGAUGGUUAUCCUGAACCAACCUACACUAUUUAUCAUAAUGGUGCAGUUAUCAGUAAUAAUAAGACAUACAUCAUUCAAUCUGUCAACUUCAAUAACGCUGGUUCAUAUCGUUGUGAAGCAAAGAAUAGACUGGGAAAUGAUUCAUCUCAAGUUAAAAAUCUUACUAUCAUCAGAGGUUAUCAAAAGCCUUAG